CAACAAGCACCCAACAUAGGCGGCAGGGACACCAGAUACGGAUCACAAUGGGGAACUGACUCGACACCCUUCGUCCCGAAAUUCACGAAGAGACACGAUGGCGAGGCAACGGCGUCGCGAUGGCGUCGAGCGAUGUUUGGCUCGUAUACCCCUGUAUUUCAGCUAUACCAUCUUGAUUACGACAUGGAUACUCUUCAUGCUGUUUAUCACUCUCGGGGAGGUACUCAUUCGACGCAGAGAGGUCGGACGAUUUCUAGAACAAAUUGUCAUCUAUAACGGACUCUUAUUUAUGACCUUGCUAUCCCUCUACACGACAUCUCAUCGCUCCCCCGGCUCUCCCGACCAGUCCCUCGCCCCGCCGCUCGCUCGACCCCCAGUUGCUCCCUCUCCCCUCCCCGAUUUCAGUCCUCCCAGCUCCAAUCGUCACCGAACCAUCAGCCAUUCUGAAGGAGAUGCGGAAAAUGGGGAAAUUCACGAAGACGACGUACCGCUGCGAUAUCUCAGAAAUUCAAAUUGGACGUCAAAGCGGUGGGAGAAAGACAGGCCUUCGCCUCUUCCUCUGCGAUCAGGCGUGCGGUAUCCUCCUGAUGCCCCCAAACGGUCUCCUUCUCCAACCAAUUUGUCCAGUCAUACAGCAUCAACUGAACGUAGCGACUUCUCCCCCUUCCCAUUGAGCGCCAAUCCUCUAUUGCCUCACUCUGCGGAAGAAACGGGCGAAGACGACAGUCAAGAACGUAUCAUCCACGUCACCGACGAAGCUUUGGGAGAUACCGAGGAGAACACUUCUCUUCUUCCGAAGGAGAAUGGGGAUGUAAGAGUGAGUCUGAUGGCGAAGGGUAGUAAUGGGGGAGCAAGGUGGUGCAAGAAGUGCGAUGGGUGGAAGCCGGAUAGAUGUCAUCAUUGUCGGCAGUGUGACCGAUGCGUGCUCAAAAUGGAUCAUCAUUGUCCUUGGGUGGGUUCUUGUGUCGGAUAUCACAAUUAUAAAUCGUUUCUUCUCUUCAUCACAUACGGUACCCUCCUCGCCAUCUACUCUGUCUUUGAAACAAGCUACGAGACCUAUCGCUUCUUUUCCGACCCCGACGCGGCAGUCUCGCAUCGCAGGCCGUCUAAUAGCAACUCGACCGUGCUCGAUGACGCCAAGAAUGCACAUAUGAGUGACUGGUCUAACGAUAUCGGCCUCUCACCGGCGGUCUUCAUGAUGCUCACGAUUUUGGGGGUGUUUAUAGGGCUAUCCCUGGGCGGGUUGGCUUGUUUCCAUUGGUGGCUUGCAGCGCAUAACCAAACGACGCUCGAAAACAUCACCCACUCAUACCCCUCCGCCCUUCUCGACCUCCCCUCUCCUCACUCUCCUUCCUCUCCCUCUUCCUCCUCACCUCAACCAGGAGACCGCAAUACGUCCUCCUCUCGUCAAUCAUACCCGGAACCGGGGCGCUGGAAGCCGGAUCACAUGCUUACUCGCAGAGAACGCGAGAGGCUGAGGCAUGAUGCGAAAGAAAUCAAUGUCUACGACUUGGGAUGGAGGAAGAAUUUAAGAAGAGUGUUCUUCGGGGAGGAAGAGGUUGGGGUGUGGGGUAUUUUGGCGGCUUUGUGGCCUAGGGCGGGUAGAUCUAGAGAUGCAAGAGCUGGACAUUACUUUGAAUUUGACGCGAAGGCGUUUGAGAAGCUCAAGGCGGUGACGAUCGAAUUGAGGUAUGGAGCGGUGAAGGAUGAGUUGGAGGAUUCGGAUACGGAGGAAAGCGAAGAUGAGGACGGUUGGGAAGGGGACGGAGAUGGCGGAGUGGCGAGCAAGGAUAGGGAUGGCGGCGAUCGAGUAUGAGGACGGUAUAGCUCAGAGAGGUGAUACUCGUAUUGCGAGUUGAGAGCAGCAUCUGUAUCUGUGCAACGUGUGCAACGAUGUCUUUGGAGUAUGUCCUAUCAGGUAGUUAGACUGGGCCCUUUUAGCGUACGACAAUUCAUCACAGAACUCGUCAUAACAAUCUCGACUAUUAUGAACGAUGUAAGAUCAG